AUGGCCUCGGCUAGGACUUACAUCGUUUGUCUCUGGUUGUUUGUUGUGCUGUUUCUGGAGAUCAGUGAUGUUAAAGGCAGGCGAGGUGGUGGAGGCAGCCGGAGUAGUGGGAGGUCAUCUAGGAGCCAUUCGUAUAGCUCCUCCCGAGCGGCUAAAACCUACACCAGUGUGGCGCUCACUGGACGUGUUUUAGGCAGCAGCAAGUAUACCAUGUUGAACUGGCGGACAGCGGCGCUGGCCGGGUUCAUCUACGGAGGUCCCCGCUAUAUACGACUGCACUCACACAGACACGACAUGCCUCCGAUAUGCACCAAUGACUACGAGAAAAGCCCAGAGGGACGAAUAUAUGGUUACUUCAUCUGUCCAAGGGAGAAUGAAACGGAGACCUACAUCUACUGCUGCGGUCCAAACAAACGAGAAUACUGCUGCGACAGGGAAAUGGCACAGAAAUAUGUCUCAAAGAGUGGCUUAUCCAUUGGCGAUAUAUUUGGUAUCGUGUUCACAGUUGGUUUUGUCUGUGUCCUCUCGUUCAUCUGCUUCAAGAAACGGAAACAACCAAACGGCUCCCUUGAAUGGUCCAGCACCGUCUUCUGCACACAUGUGCCAUCAUCUUCUCCACUCAUAUGCCAUCAUAACCUCCACACGUGUGCCAUCAUAACCUCCACACAUAUGCCCACAUUUCCCCCAUACAUGUGCCUUUAUCUUCUCCACACAUAUGCCCUCAUGUCUUCCACACAUAUGCCAUCAUCUCCUCCACAUGUGUGCCCUCAUCUCCUCCACACAUGUGCCCUUAUCCCCUCCACACACAUGCCCUCAUCUCCUCCACACAUAUGUCCUAAUCUUCACACAUAUGUGCAUAUUUGUCCAGGUGCGACACCCUGCAUGCCGCCACCAUCCUACGACGCAGUAGCUUCACAUCCAUCGUAUGAUGGUGUCAGUGGUUUACCAUAUGGUCCUCCUCAACCUCAGCCUCCACCAAACCUUGAUGGUAAGAUGUUCCCGUACCCCUCACAGGGUGGCGAUCCUCCAUAUCCCUACCCACAAUCUGCAGCCAGUGCUCCCUACCCACCACCAAGUGAACCAUCCUACCCACUCCUAAAUGAACAACCCUAUCCAAAUUCAGCCACAGUUUCCUACCCACCCUCAGGUGGAGCUCCUUAUCCAACCCCAGGUGGCGCUCCUUAUCCAACCCCAGGUGGAGCUCCUUAUCCAACCCCAGGUGGAGCUCCUUAUCCAACCCCAGGUGGAGCCCCUUACCCAUCCUACAGUUCCCCAAACAGUGACAGCCUGGUUGGUGGGGCUAAAUAA